AUGAAGCAAAAAGAAACAAAGUGGACCAAAACAGUUGAUCUCUUUCUGAAAGAAGUUCUGGGUGAAGGUAAUAACAGUAUAUUGAGUAAGGCUUCACUUUUGAACAGGUGGAAAGAAAGGAAUCCAAAGGUAAACUUUCCACUGGAUGCAUUCUAUGCCCAGUACAUAAAGCUAUCUAGAAGGAAUGAUAAAAAAUAUCAGACUGUUUGGACUGAAAAGAUGGUUUGUGACCUGUUGAUGUGCAAAGAAAAAGCAAUACAGGAGCAAAUCUCAAUGGAAAAAAGAAAUAUUAAGGUAUCAUAUAUGAAUAUCAUGCAUUCCCAUUGGUUGAAACUCUAUCCUGAUAGUGAUUUAAGUGCUAAGAACUUGCAGACUAGAUGUUAUUUGGUUGAUAAAGGAAAGAGAUGCAGAAAGGGUAAGGUUAAAGGACGACAAGCUGGAGCAACUGGUGGUAUGAGUUUAAAUGUGUCCGGUAGGCUCGUUGGGAGAACUGAAAGUGAGGGUCAAUGUUUCAAUGACAAUCAACAGUCUCAGUCUUAUCUUGAUAAAAAGUUUGCAAACAUGCCCAAUGACCAAGCACUGUUGUAUUCUAUGAGGAUGGCAAAUGAGCGUCAUGCCUGUAAACCCCUGUUUAAUUCCUUGUGCUAUAAUUGUGGUACUAUGUUGUUUGGAAAUAUUUCUGAAGGUCACAAAUUUAAGGUAGUCCCCUCUUUUAUGGGUUUGAAUGAUGAAGAUGCAAAUGUUCAGUUUCUUUAUGAAAACUUGAAUCUUCCUUACAAGUCAGAAAAUGGUGGUAUUUGGUAUUCCUGUCGGUUAUGUAAAGGUGGUACUGAUGUGUGCACUUUUUCUUGUGCUGAUCCAAAAACAGGAGCAAUGAAGAUUCCAGACCAAUUAUCAAAUUUAUGCAACUCUUGGGAAAAAGGUCAAGUUGCUCUUUGUGGCCUUUUCUCAACUACCUUGCGCAAGGCAAAUCCAUUGAAAAGAUCCUGGAGGCAUAUUUGUGGGGAAGUGAAUGUACUGCAUAAGUUAGAUAAGCAUUAUUAUGGCAUGUAUGGAUUUUUAGUAUGCAAAGAUAAACAAAUUCCUGUUUUUGAUUCAAGGGGUAGGGUUAUUGAAGCCAUAAGAUGGCUGUACAUGAAUAAUCCUCUUUAUACUGAUUUUUUUUCCAAUUAUGAGACACUUUUUAGGUAUGAUCCCACUAGGCCUGUAGUCAUUGCAAUGUCUAAGGAUGUGACUGAUGCCAAAUCAAAAUCCAUAGAGGAGAGAUUGCAUAAUGAUGACACUGGGCUUGUGAUUCCUUUCUUCUCUGAGAAUCAGUUACCAACUUUAAAAGAAGGAGAAGAUAAUGCUGGAAUCCAACAUCCUGGAAGGAAUGCCGGGCAGAUACAAAAGGAUCUUGAGAAGAAAACUAAGGUUACAUAUUCUGAUCCAGAUCUUGAAGCAAAGGCCUGGCCUCACUUAUUCCCAUUUGGUUGUGGUAGUUGGAAAUAUGGAGAAGGAGUAGGGAUGACUGACUAUUGUAAAGGUCGGCUUUUGAAUUAUGAUAAUCGCUGGAGAUCUGACCCUCACUGGAGUUUCUUUUGGUAUGAUAUAAUGAUUAAGUCUAGAAUUUUCUAUUAUAACAAAGUCAGGAGAGCCAGACGGAAUGUUGAAAGUGGUCCUUUGACGGCUAAUCAGAUAAGAUCAGAGAAAGAAAGCAAUAAUCCCUAUGAUGUUUAUGGUAAAGAUGUACCUACUACAGUCCCAGGAUCAAAAGGGUUCUGGAGUAGCAGGCUCUUGGAUGUACUGGCCAUGAGUAGAGAGCUGGGAAAACCAGAUUUUUUUAUAACGUUAACUCAAAAUGAUGGCUGGCCAGAAUUGCAAAUGUAUAUCAAAAAUGGUCCAGAUAAGGUAGGUAGUAAGAUGUGUCAUUUUGAAGAUGAGCUUGAAAUGUCUAAUCAUCAUAAUCCAGCCAUGGAUUAUCCCACAGAAACAGUGGUUGCUUUCCAGAGUAGAUUCAAGCUUUUUAAGGAGAAAGUGCUGGAGAAAAAUGAUGGCCCUCUGGGAAAUGUGAAGGACUACUGGUAUAGAUUUGAAUACCAGCAUAGAGGAGCUUUGCACAUUCAUAUGGUCGUGUGGUGUGAAGAAAAAUCUGUCCCAGUUGAUGCAGUUACUGCUGAAAUGCCAAGAAGUACUGACUCACAGGAUAAUUUUACCAAUGCUUGCCGCUCAUAUGUACAAAAGUUCCAAAUCCAUGGAUGUCGGCCUGAGAGAUGCUUUAAAGGUGGUAACAAUAAAGUCUUGGAACACUGCAAGUAUGGGUUUCCAUUUAAGCUACAAGAAAGUGAAGAUACUGAUGAAAGUGGUACUAGGCUAUUGUAUGUGAGGAGAAGUGAGGAAGAUGUCAAUGUGGUACCCUAUAAUCUUGCCAUGAUUCUUCUUUGGCAAGGUCACAUCAAUGUACAAAGGGUUACCUCAGGUGGUUGGGAAAUGUAUCUUGCAAAAUAUGUUGCAAAAGCAGAGCCAUCUUUUGAUUUAAAACUUCUCAAUGAUGUCUCUGAUGCAGAAAGGUACCUCAGAAGUCGUAUAGUGGGACGUUUGGAAGUUGAUAAUACACUUCUUGGUUUUCACUUGUGUCAGAGUAGUCGCACUGUUGUUUAUCUUCCRACUGAUAUCCAACCAGAGUUUGGUAUUUUGAAAAGGAAGUGCCAUUUGCCUUGUGAUGAAAAUUCAACAAAUGUCUUUUAUGAUUCACUUUUUGAUAAAUACCUUGACAGAAGUGAGGAAUUGAAAGAUAUUUUAUAUCCUGAUUAUAUAAGGAAGUAUAGGUUUGUCUCUGUCAAUCAGGGUCGCUCCUCUGUUAUCGGUAGUUUAAAUGAUGAUGCCGAUGGUGAUGAUGAUGAUGAUUAUGAUCCUAAAAACAUGAGAAAAAAUGUGACGCAUGCUGCUCAGAAAAAACAUGUAGAUACAAAGGGAAGACAAUUGGUUGAAAGAAAGCCAGGCAAGGAAGCUGUCCCACGUUGGCGAUUUUAUAAGCCAAAUGGUGAUGACCAGGAAAAAUAUUAUGAGCAAAAAUUGGUUUUGAAUGUUCCUUUUACCAGAAAGGACAUAGAAGACGAUAUUGUUUUAUCAGUUAACAACAAAAGUAAAACCUUCAUGGAGGAAUGUAUGAUUCGAGGGUUGUUUGAUAGUGAAAAAGAUGCACUUGAUACACUAAACCAAGCUCUACACCGGGGGUAUUCAUUAGAAAGACUUCAAAGUCUUGCCCAGUCUUUUGUAGACACUAAUAUGAUUUCUGAUAAAGAUUCUGAGAUGUUCAUGGUUGAUGCUAGAAUGGUUCGUCCAGACGAACCUGCUGACAUACAAGCUCAGGUAACUGAUGUUACCGAAAUAACUGAUGCUGAAAAACUUGGGGACUUAGCAGUUAAGCAGGUUGAGGUUGAUCUUGACUCUAUGAUCCAGUCUCUCACAAGCUCACAGAAAGCUGCAUUCGAUCAUAUUGAUCAAAACUUAGCAGAACAGAACCAAAUACUGUUAUGCAUAGUUGGUGAGGCAGGGACUGGCAAGUCAUAUUUGAUUAAAUCUGUUGUAGAGCUGAUGAAGAAGCGACAUGGUUCAUCUGUAGCCAAUUUAGCACCAACUGGAGUUGCAGCACAUCUUAUAAAUGGCACAACUGUGCAUAGUUUCUUUAAGAUGAACAUUGAAUGUGAAUCAUUCCUUGAACGUGGUACUCCAGAAUUUACUUUGCUGAGAAAUGUUGACAAUAUUAUUAUUGAUGAAUUUUCAAUGCUGGAGUUCAAAGUUUUCUUAGGGAUGGAUAAAGUUAUACGACGUGUCUCUCCCCCUUCAAAGAGAAGAUUGCCAUUUGGCGGUAAGAAUGUUAUACUUACUGGUGAUCCAGCACAGUUACCUGCCAUAGGGAAAGAUAUCUAUGAUUCUUUCUUAUUUCAGAGGUUUGCUGUCAUGAUGCUUAAGGAAAUCGUGCGGCAAAAAUGCAUGUUGUUUGCAAAUGUCUUACAGAAGAUAAGACGGGGCAUAUGUGAUGAAGAAGUUGAAAGUGUUUUGUCUUCAAGAGUGAUUCCCCUUGAAAAACAAGAUGACAUAACUCUUGAUAAGGGAACAAUAAUUGUUUCAAAACGAGUAGAAAGAGAUAUAUGGAAUCAAAAAUUUCNUCUCCGAAAUCUUGAUAUUAAACAAGGAUGGGUGAAUGGAACAUUGGCCACAAUUGUGUCCAUCAAUAAGGACUUCUUGAUUAUCAAACGGUUGAACAGCGAUAAGAGAAUAAUUGUUCAAAAAUAUAAGCAAAGUGUUGCAAGUAGAUUUAGCACAGCUGCUAUAGUGAGAUAUCAAUUUCCUCUUAUUCUUGGCUGGGCCCUUACUGUUCAUAAAGUUCAAGGGAUGACCUUAGAUAAAGCUUAUGUUCUCAUGAACGACAGCUUUUUUGCUAGUGGUCAAGCAUAUGUUGCUCUCAGCCGAGUGCGAAGUCUCGAAAAUCUUCAUCUCUUAGCAUUUGAUAAAAGGGUGAUAUUUUUGUCAGAGCGACAAAAGCAGCUGCUUGAAUGGAUGACAUCUGUUGACUCAGUACCUGUAAAUGGUAAUAGGCCUUUGCCAAAGCUACAUGAGCAAACAAAAUUGAACAUUGGUUGCAAGGAAGAUGUUGCUUUUGUAGAGACAGUUGCUCAAACAGCCAUUUCAGAAAGUAAUGUACCUAUUAGUACAUGUAAGCAUAGAGAAAUCGAUUCUACCAAAAACAUAAGUUCAAAUUUGAUCAAUUCACAAAGGUGUAGGAGUUUAAUUGAAUGCUUGAUAUAUGAUCAAGGUGAACAUGUUACUGAGGUUGAAAGGAUUUUGCUUGACAAUGCUCAACUUCUUCAAGAUGCCAUUUCUCACCUCAGAUCUAUUGAUCCAGUUACAUUUCAAUCGAGCAAAAAUUCAGUGGACCAUGCUGCAGAGAGAUCUCUUCAUCCAGUGGUUGUGAUACAUAUGACACCAGUUAGAACUCCAAGUGAUGGCAAUUGUAUGUGGCAUGCUAUUUCACAAGCAUUAGUGCAUACUACUGAGUAUAUGGAAUUUCUACGAUUGGUGACUGUGUUCACUUUUAUCCAAAACAAGCAUUAUUUUCAAAACUUGAUUGAUGAACAGCACUUUGCCACCACUACUUUUGAAGACAUUGUAGUUGAUGCCUUAACUUUGGGAAGUUGGGGUAAUGAAUAUCAUUUGCAUGCCAUGUGUUUAGCUUUGAACCGACCUAUUCAUAACUUUACGUCUUUCAUAAUAUCUGACGGUUAUAUGCCAGAUGAAAUGAAUGUAAUCAAUAGUCUUGAUGAGCUCAUACUUGCAUUUGAAAGAAAUGAACGAGGAACUCGGCAGCACAUUUUGUACAUGCCAAACCACACAAUAACCAAUUCGAGAACUCCACUGAGAUUAUUUCUUUCCUCUAGUCACUAUAGAGCAUUAAUACCUAAAGUGCAGGGUGUGCUUUUGCCAGUACCAUACAAAAAUGUAUUUGAAAGGCAAUCAAAUUAUAGCCUUUUGAAUGACUUCUUCAAUGACUACAGUCAGGAUGCUGGUUUAUUAGACUUUGAAGGUUGA